AUGAAGAAAGAGGAGCUGCAAUAUACUCUUCGUCUAUUAGAUAAUCUGACAGUGGAAUUGUUUGAGGAACUCGUUGAAGCAUUGUAUACAGAAGAUUCUAAACCAACAACAAAAUUAUCUGAAAGAGUUAUUGAAUUUUUUAGAAAUAAUUUAAAAUCAAAUCCAGUCACAACAUCAUUGAUUCUAAAUCACAUACAAACUACCACAGACGAUGACAAAAAUGUUGGUGCAAUUCAGAAACUCUACUUAGAGGCUCUGAAUAAUGAACUAGGAAAUAACUGUCCUGAUAAAGUUAUAACAAUAUUGUCAUUAGCGAAGUGGCAUGAAAACUUUUUACCUCAGUUGAUAAACGAAGUGCUAAAACACUUUUCUAACGAUGUAUUCAGACAAUGUAAGAAACAAGUAUUGAUUAGUCUUGUCGCUCUUCGGAGACCAGAACUCGUCAAUAUUGUAUCAGAUUUGAUGCAUCGGAAUGAACCCCAAAAAAAUUUUAAGCUGACAGCUGAAUAUAUGAUUGAGUUGUGCUAUCAAGAGAAAACACACUGGCUGUUAAAAGCUGCUCAAGUUUAUAAACAACAACUGCAUGAUAUGAAGAAUGUUACCUUCGAGAUAAAUAAUUUUACUAAGCAAAUACUCAUUAUGGUGCUUAUUGAUCUCACGAAUUGCCCUGAGACCUACGACCUCCCGUCAUUGGUCAACCAACUUACUAAUAUAUUCUCUAUUCUGGAUACCUACACGACAACUGAUCGUGAACUCAUGUUUUAUUUAACAGAGAUUAAGAGAGAAUUAACCAUUAUCAAAUUCUGUCUUGAAAAUAAUUGUAAGAUAAUGAGCACUUCAAUAUUCAGCCAGGUUUUGGGGAAAAGCGCCCUAACUGUGAUAUCGCAAGUCUGCAGGCUGUCGAAGGUAGAUAGAUAUAAAGUAUCAAAGCUUUUAAAUACAAACAAUGAAUUCAUAUCCGAAUUGAUAUCAUUGAAUCACAAAGGCGGAUUUAAUAAAAAUAUACAAAUAUCGAAUUGGGAUAUUUCAACUUAUAAUAGUUACUGUGCUAUAACGAAGGUAAUAGAAACUAUAUUGCAGUCGUCUGAAAAUGUGGACAAUACGCAGGAGAUGGGCACAUCUUUGGAUGACAUCAAACGGCUCGUCUUAUCAAUCCAGCCCAUACAAUUUUGCGUUGAAAUCAUAGAAACUAUAUUCGCUUGUUUGUUCCUGAGAUACGAAUAUUUCUCUUGCUACGAACACAAUCAGGACUUCCCAUGCGGGACUCAUUCUGAAUGUUCCUAUUUUUAUUCCAAAAAGCAAAAUAAAAGUCCAAAAACCACCAACAGUUCUGACACGGGGUUCAUUUGUAAUGCGUUUACCACACAAAUUAUAUUGAACACACUCAAACAGUGCCUUGAAAGUUUGGAUGAGAGGUGGGAUGUAAAAAAAAUUGACAACGCCUCGUCUGUUUAUUCACGAUACAAACGCUUGAUAGAUGUAGUUAAUCAUUCAAUAUGGAAGAUGCAAUUGGUCUCAACUCUCAGUCCGGAUACCAGUCCACUUCAGCUGAAAUUGUGUCUGGAUUACGUAGAAGUUGACAAUAGUAGUGAAGAUGACGACUUACAAGUUGAACAGAAGAUAUCUAGGAGAAAACCAAAAAUGAGGAGAAGACAUACAAAUCCAAGAUCUGAAAACGGUCAAAUUAUGCUGUCAUCUACUAUUUCGGCUUCUGAAGAUGCUUACACGUCGAAGAAGAACACGAUAGACUUCAUAUCUAUUAUGCUUGCCAAGCCCAAUUGUCUCGUCGCAUUGGCCCUGUACCAAAACGAUUUCUCCAAAGCCAACCAAAUUUUAGAGAUGUUUGAUUUGUCUGAUUCGGAGAUUGCAACGGAAGUUACGUUUACCGAGCAGCUGAGACAUUUAAUAGCUAAGAUCAAAAAUAUUAUAUGCUAUAGAGAUUGCUCGCGAUAUCCAACAAAGGAAUUGUCAGCUUUAUCAGUAGUAUCUACGGAGGUGAUGGGUUUGGUUGAAGGUUUCUUGGCUUCUAAUAGACCACCAAAUUCUUUUGACAUCAUUGAGCUUGGUGCUCGCCAUCCACAUUUGCAGCUGUACAGCCAUCAAAACGCUCCCUUUAUAAACGCCGUCGACAUUCUUUUGAGCAGUGGCUUAAAUAGAGAAAUUACCUACGGUCUAAUCAAUGUGGUGGAAAGAAAGCUUGCGGAGGUCAAACGUAAUACAGAUGUCACGGCCGUUAAGAAAAGCAAUUAUAUAAAAUUUGUAGAAGACAUAACAAGUGUAACAUUUGAAAUUUUCGGUAAUACAGAUAAAUCUUUUGAUUUCAUAGACAAUGUUUGCGAAUUAAUAACAGAUUGCAGAGUACCUAUUAAACACAAAGAGUUCUGUAAGCUGAAUCAGUUAUCCAAAGAAUUGAAACAGUGCUGUUUAGAUUUGUCGGAUAUUGUUUGUCCUAAAGAAUCCAAGAAAUUAGAUGAAAACUUUCUACAAAAAUAUCACCAAAUCUAUAUGAAUGUUGUUGCGGCGUCUGAUAAAGAUUUGUAUAAUAUUGGAGACUUAUGUCAAAAUGGAAACAAGAAAGCAAGAGUGCAUUAUUUAAGGAAAUGUUAUAUGUACACAAAAUCCAUUUUUCAACUAGAACAAGAUGAUCGAGUUGGCGAGGCAGCUACUGAUGCACCAUAUUUUACGAUUUUAGAACGACAGUUACAUGACAUAUUUGGGAGUAUGAUAAAUAGUAAGGAAAUACCGAUAACGUUUUUGGAGCCGAUAUGUAAAAAGUUAAAUGUGAAUUUAAUUCCUAAAUUGAUUCUUAAUUUUUGUCCAUCAAUAACAUUGGCGGGCUCCUUGAAGGAAGCUACAGAAGAAAACUUUAAUAAUCUCCUUCAUGUAGUGUACGAUUUCAUGAAUCCAGAAGAGAAGUUAUUUGUUGAACCGACAGCAAAUUUCGCUCCUCUACCAAGAACUCCAGAUCCGCAAUGUCUUACUUACGUCGUCUUACAUAAUUGGGUGUUGGCGCAUAUCAUAAGAAAAAUUCAUUCUACGUCAAAUGAAAGCACUGCACAGAAUAGUAUGGACGCUCGUACCAAACACCUGAAUAAAUACAUGGAUUUAGAGAGAUUCGAUUGCACCAAGGUUUUGUUCGGUAGAAACAAAUGUCUUGCCUCUUUGCACAGUACCAUUGAUUUGGACAAGUUAUUUUUAUUCCUUCCAAAAAUGUUAGAAGCUGGAAAAAUAUGGCAGUGUCUGAAAAUUAUUGAUGCAUUAUCAGAAAGACAAGUGAAAUGCAGCGCGAAUUUGAUAAACUUGCGUGAUUUGAUGUUGUGUAAAAUUUCUACAAAUUCUAAAGUGCAGCAAAAUUGGAAGUAUUGUCAGUAUCUAAAAUGUCCAGAACUUAAAUUAGACUUAAUAUUAAACAACUUAUCGUGUUGGAAUGCUGAAGGAGCUAUGGAAGUUAUUGAUUAUCUACGAUUUAUAUUGGACCAAACAGCAAUCGAAGAAGGCCUUUAUGACAAAUGUACCGACUGGCUGAUAAAAAUACCUCUUUAUGAACAGAUUGCAUCCAUAAUGGGAUCUCACCAUUGGUAUACGAUUUAUGAGAAAUCGUUGGAAAACCCCGAAGCUAUUAUCGAAGUCCUGAUGGAUAGCCAACAGUUCAAAUUAUGUUUGGAAUGGGCAGAUGUACACGAUGUUUCAGAUUAUAUGAAGAACUUAAUAGUUGUCCAUCUCAUUCGACAAUUAUUUGAAUACACUAACCAAGCGACACCAUCAUAUGUUCGUGAACUAAUCGAAAGGCUACCAACAACACAAGCUAUAGAGUUAGUCGUAGAAGAAAUAACUAAAAUAAGAAACAUUGAAAUUCUUGAAGUCUGCUACGACUUUUUAAACGAACACAAAACGACCUGGAGAUGUUUCGAAAAUAUACGAGUAGGUUUUCAAGUGAUUCGUGAAAUAGAACCUAACACGCGACAUCUUUUUUGGGAUCUGUUAGAAAAACCUCUACUAAUGAUUGAACAACUCCUGAUGAACGCUAAAUUGGAGUUACUGACUGUAAUCAUAAACAAAAUAUCGCCAACCCUGCGAAGGAAUGAUUCCACUGGGGAUAAUUUAUAUUAUAAUAUAAAAUCUAUAGAAUCAGUCUUGAUAUCGCAGAACGCUGUUGAUGCAUUGCUACGUUAUUACGCAGAAAAAGCAUUAGACAUGAGAAAUCCUAGAAAUAGAUGUUCAUCACCACCAAAACCGUGGGACGACUCGUUGUUGGAAUCGAUAGACUCGAUUAAUAUCGAAUCUGCAUCGAAACCGUUCGUGAUGCCAGAGCACGUCCCUAAUAAGAAACAGUGGGUGGAAGAUUAUUCCACGGAUCGCUGUAUGAUGUGUAAAAUAUCGAUAUUUUCAAUGAUCAUACGUAGACAUCACUGUCGUCGUUGCGGCCGGCUGGUUUGUCACGGGUGCUCUAGAAAUAGAAUGCAGGUACCAACGUAUCCCAGUGGUGUAAAAUUACGUGUCUGCGACGAUUGUUACACUCAAACUAUGAACAAACGGUCCGAGUCUAAUCAGGAUAUGAUGCUAAGCAGUAAUUCUGAUACAGCGGGCAGUGGGACCACUUGUUUGGAUUGGUGCUUAUCCAUAGACGCCGCCAAAAACGAGGCCGUCAGAGCCGAAUUCAGUUACGAGUUCACACCGAACGUUACACUUUGCUUAUCAAUUAUGAAGAUGCACACCAUCAAUUUGGACUAUCCCAGGUUUUUACUAGAUCGUAGUGACGAGGCCGCUCGUUCUCUGUCCCGCGGUGAUUCCAGACUAUUAGUUCGCGCACGGCGGUCUUUAUUAUUGGCAGCUGCUGAGUUAUACUCUAGAACUACUGGAGACAGGAGCGGCGGUGUGUGCGAGGCGGGCGCGUGUCAUGCAGCUCGUUGUUUGGCUCACGCGGACGCCAUGGCGGCGCUAGUGUCGCAACAAGCUCACCACCUCGUUACAAAUAACGCGGCACAUCCUAGUCAAAUAGUUCGCUCGCUUCUCGAGUCAGAGAAAUGGGAAUUGGCGUUAGAAAUAGCGACGAAAUCUGGUAUACCAAGGACAAGUGUGCUAGCAGCCUGGGGCAAAGCCUGUUUGAAGGCGGGAUGCUUUAAAGAGGCUCGCAGAAAAUUUGCCCUCUGUUUUAAGAACGCUCCAAAUGUGUGUGUUGAUGUUACUGAAGAGUUAGAAUAUGGGAAAGAGGCGUCAGAAAAUCUUAUUAACAGAAGGGUUCAAAGUAUGAGAAUAUCUGAAAGAUCCAAUUCAAUGUCCAGUACUCAGUCUGAAUAUAGGUGUCGCAGUAACCCACUGCUGAACGAAAUAAUAUCUAUGUUAGAGGAUAUGAACUACCCAGUCAAUCAACAGCUGUUGGAUAAGGCGGAAAAUAUUAAAACGACCAACGAAAAGUUAUCCAACAUGAAUACUAGGAAGAAGAAAAUACCACUCACAGAACCGGCAUUGAAUAUAAUGCAUACUUUAGCGAGUGUCAAGAAAAUUAAACAAGGAGACUACAGCGAUUUCCAAACAGCCACAGUCCAACCAAAAAAAUCAUUGGCCCAAGGACUUUUACGAAGAAAUAACAAUCCAGAGCCAAAAGUCGACUACCAAAACAAGAAACUUGAUCCAUUCUUCUACAAAGAGUGCGUAUAUUACCUUAGCAGCUACGGCUCGUUCGUCGAUAAUAUUAUGUUUUAUAUGAAACAUAGUAAUAUGAGCGAAGUUAUUCGCUACUGUUACGACAAUUCAGUUGAUAAAGAAACCUUCACUGAAUCCGUGUAUAUGAAUUGUUUGAAGAAGAACAAGGUCGAUGAACUCGUUAAAUCUAUGAAGGAAAUGGACAGCAGUUUCAAUAUGUGGUCGGAGUAUAUAAUGCACAUCUGCCGUACGUUGGAGAUGUCAAAACGUCUAGAAGCCUUAUACGCACUGCAGUGUGGCACGGGUCAACACGCUCGAGCGUCUGCCUCAUGCGCACUACUAUACUCCCGGCCACUACCAGCCGGCAAAGACCCCUUCAGUGAACUAGUGACCCGUCAGCAUCACCUCACGGCGGCCAUGCAUCAUUUGAACCAGUGCAUUCCCGUUAACAAAGUGAAUGAUCAGAAAUCUAUUCAUUUCCAUCUCGACAAAGCUACGAUAGACAAUUUAAUGAGCACGAUAUCCCGACAACUAGAGGUCGCUAAGUAUCUAGCGUCUUGCGAGGCCAGUGGAAGUUUGAAUAGUAAAGUUAUAAAUGCCGUGAUACCACUCCAGAAUGUUCGAAAAAAUGAUUCUGAUCUAAGACCUUUGACUCUAUUCGGUUCGAAUACAGAUAAAAUAAGGAUUGUUGCUAUCGUGCUCGUUUCAGGUCAGACCGUGGAGGUUGGAUUCGAUUUAGCUUUUAAAAUAAUCUGCGAACACAAAUUAGACUCGAUGAACAUAUAUACGCAUGUCGCCAAGUAUUUAGUGAAUUCUGAUAGGUUCAUGGAAGUGAAGAAUUUGGCAAAAUGUAUACGGACCUCUAAGGAGACGGCUGCAAGCCUGAUGAGUGACCAAGUAUUGGAGGCUGGUACGACAGCUGUGGUCGGUAGAUGUGAAGCUCGAGGGCAGUUACACGACGAACAAGCUGAGUUGCUAAUAGCUGAUAUCAAUAGUGUCGCUAUCAAGAUAUCGUGCUAUUUGGUGUGUCGCAACGUCAGCAGUGCGUACAUAUUAGCAGCUAGACACGACAGAAUUAACGAUUUGCGAAAAGUAUUGCAAGAAGCAGAAAGAUUAUGUAACGAACAAGUCAGGAACGCUUGUCUCAAACGACUUACAUCCAAGAAUAUUCUCACUUAG